GUCAGAGCCACCAUCCUGUUUCUGACGAAGGGCUCUUGUUAGAGCCACCAUCCUGUUUCUAUGAAAAGGCUCUUGUCAGAGCCACCAUCCAGUUUCUGUAAAGGGCUCUUGUCAGAGCCACCAUCCUGUUUCUAUGAAAAGGCUCUUCUCAGAGCCACCAUCCUGUUUCUAUCAAAAGGCAGAGUGGAAGCGUUCACCGAAGGGCAAAGCGGCCGACGCCGCAUCGUGUCCAUUUAGCUUACCGUGCGUGGAGUAGCUGGUGAUGCUGUGUUGGUUGCACCGAGAGACAACGCGUCGUGCAUCGCCAGUGACUUGCUGUGCUGUGUCAUCGAAUGGAACGGCGUUUCUUGUGAAUGACGCCAUAUUGUUUGCGAUUCUGUGAAGUGAUUGCAAAAAAACGGCACUUCUCAGAGCCACCAUCCUGUUUCUGUGGAAGGGCUCUUGUCAGAGCCACCAUCCUGUUUCUAUGAAAAGGCUCUUUUCAGAGCCGCCAUCUUGUUUCUGAAGAAGGGCUCUUGUCAGAGCCACCAUCCUGUUUCUAUCAAAAGGCAGUGGAAGCGUUCACCGAAGGGCAAAGCGGCCGACGCCGCGUCGUGGUGUAGCUGGUGAUGCUGUGUUGGUUGCACCGAGAGACAACGCGUCGUGCAUCGCCAGUGACUUGCUGUGCUGCGUCAUCGAUUGGAACGGCGUUUCUUGUGAAUGACGCCAUAUUGUUUGCAAUUCUGUGAAGUGAUUGCAAAAAAAACGGCUCUUCUCAGAGCCACUAUCCUAAUUCUGUGGUGGGCUCUUGUCAGAGCCACCAUCCCGUUUCUGACGAAGGGCUCUUGUCAGAGCCACUAUCCUCUUUUUUGUUUCUUUCGAAAGUACGAUUUGUGGAAAAAAAAGUUAAGUUUUCUCUGUUUCACACAUAGGAUACCACAUUUUUUUGCUGACCAAUUUUUACAUAUAGUUUCCAGUAAAAAUAUUUUAUAGCAAUUUAGUUUUAACGAGACCCCAAUUAGCUUGUCACAUCGUUAACAGCUCAGUCGGACCUGAGAACUUGGCAGAUUACUACAAAUGGAAAAUAAAAUAAAAUUGCUGGGGACAUGUUUUAUUCUGUUAUCAAAAUCUUUGGCAACAGCCAACAGUGAUGUAUCAUCGUUUCAAUUGCUUGCCAGAUUGUCAUUUCCAACGGUGGAAACUAAACCGUACAACAUGCCGAGUUCGAAGGAAAUAGAUCCAAAAAAGAGUUAUGCCGACGAGAAGUUUGAAAAGCUCCAAGAAUACUACAGCUACAUGAACGGACGGAUCAAGGAGCCACAUAACCCGACCGAGCGUAAGGAGAUUCUAGAAAGUGCCGAGAAAAAACUCUUCGCGUUCAUAGACGCGCACAUUAAAGACUUGAAGCGACUGCUGUUUGCGACCGACAUGGCUCUCAUGUCCAUGGUCUUGCUGAAGUUGAACAAGAAAAUGGACACGUCUGAAGCGAAGAUCCGGUCUACGCAGGCCAAGAUACCGUUCGGGUUGUACACGAGUCCAGAGUUCAAAUGCCUGGGGACGUCUUACUACAUCGCGUCAGCUCACAACCAGGAGGACGCCCAGAUGAUCCUUUCCAGUGAGAGGAAGCCGCACUGCUACACUUUCAGGGGUGCGUUCUCCUUCAUCGGUUUCUACCACCGGCAUUCGGAGACCACGUACGUGGGGCCACACGCCGAGCAGUUCCAGGCCAAGGACCCGAGCCAGGGUCUGUAUUGCCACUCCGAUGACAACUGGAGUGACGCACAGUGCAUCUACAAGAUCAAUCCCCGCGAAGAGUUCCCUGAAUCAGUCGAAUACGAGCCGAAGGUGUCGUACAUUUGCGGCCCAUACCGCUACUUCAUCCCGGCCACGACAGAUGUUCGCUGCAUAUUCUCCAUCUUCUCCAUGAACUUCAUCUUCCGAUUCGGAUACGACGGCGUCACGUAUAAGAACUCGGACUUGUCGUUCAUGUACCAGAACGGCCAGGUGUUCUACACGGACGAGCCGUGGGCCGGCAUGUCGUGCUGGAACUGGGCUUGCAAGUGGCGCCACAACCAGAAUAUGCGCUCCAACGAAUUCUUCGUGCAAUAA